AUGAGGAUAUUUUUGGAAUUGUAUGCAGAGCCGGAAGCACGUUUUAUAUAUAAGAAAGUAUUUAUUGACAUUUUUAUUGACCUGAUUAAUUUGAACCUUGGAACAAAUUACCUUCCUGAUGCAUGGAUGAACUUAACACUUCCAGAUUUGCAAAAUCUGACAUCUGCAUUCACAGUGAACUCAGAACUGAUUGACUGGCGCAGAUUCCUUCUAGCAGCAGCACAGCCUUGGCCAGUGCCAUCUCUGACACAACUCCUCAAAACUCUCCGUAUCUUCAAGUCUAUUGAUGUAGCUGGAUCAGGCUUAGUUACACAGGAAUGCUAUAUGCAGGUUGGCUUAUGGUUUACUGGAAAUGAAGAUCUAAACAGUACAAAAGGUUGCACAGAACCUUUGCCUUUUGAUAGGCUAGGACAUCUCAUAAAGUUUUUCUUCAGUUUAUUUGCUGACACUAGACAAGAUCCUGCUCUGUUCAACUAUACUGAGAUGCUACUUUAUUUUGCUGCUCAUUCUGAUCCUGUUGAAGGUGUCUACCGAGCACUUAGCAUUGCUGCUGGAACAUAUAUUCAUAGAAAAGAAGAAUCUUCUCUUGCUUUUCCUUAUAUCGAUGUAGUGACAAAUGGGGGACCUUUAAUAGAAGAUGAAAAUGAAGUCUUGAAUUGCACAGGUGAAGGAAAAAUUUCACUGGCAACUCUACUCAAAGUGUUUCGUGAUGGAGCAUGUACAAAUGAAGAUAAUCAUAGAUUUAGUAGCCCGGAGAAGGAAGGCAGAUAUGAUAAGCAUUUCAUAAAAAUAUACAAAGAAUUAGACACUGAAGAUCUGACACCUAUUCCAGUUGAAUUCCUUUUGAAGCAUCCUUUCAUUCAAGACUUGAUCAACAGGUAUCAAGAGUACAAGCUUAUUGUAAGUAUUGCCUUCAGGGACCAACAAACUUUGUAAGUAUGCAUAUCGAAAUUUGCAUUAUCCCAGAAACGUUUUUGAUUUAGAUACUGUCAAUUUGAAGUGUAGAUGAAAUACACAUCAUAGAAGAUUGUAGAUUAGAUCAGUUGUUUCAUUGUCAAUGAAAACAUCCAUCAAAGAGUGCACUGCUUUCAGACCAAUUUUUUAUACCUGUCUAGCUGGCCUAUAGCUGCCAUCAAGUUUUCUACUGCCUUAUCACAGGUGGCAAUGCUUUUCCCUGUAAGGGGUGAAGUACACAGUAUUUAUCAUAUUGCUCAUACUCCUUAUUAGUAAAAGACA